ACUCAGUCCACACGGAGAGCUCGGCUUGGCUAGAGGCUAUCCAGAGCUGCUGGUCAGCGAUCAUUGAUCCACGAGAGCUGUCAAACGUCGAAUCCCUGGUGUGAUCGAUGUGCCCCGCGCGCGUCCUCCUCUGAACGGAGCUGACCGUCGGCGAACGCCUCGAACGCACUCCGGAUUCCGUAUUCGCGAGGGACCAUGCGCGAGUCAGUGUGGAGUCAUUCGUGAAGUAGUGAACCACGUCGAGCUUCUUGGCUGCCGUCGCGGAAUGAGCGGAUAGCUCUUGUUCAGACUGCAGACAACCAAGCACCGUUAUUGCGGGUCCCAGCAGUGCUAAUCGAUACGAACGUGACCGAUCGACGUCUAAGAAUGACAGUAAUAAGGAUGACCUCGCCGGUGACGCCUGCAUCGACCAGCCCGAACUCGCCAGAUGAGGCUCAGGCGUUGCAGGCAAGUCCCAAACCGGCUCACCGAUUGAGCUUCUCUGUCGCGGCUCUGCUAGCGGAUACCAGAAAGACGUCGGAGUCCUCGACGAGGCAGGACGCGAUCCUAACGUCGUCCAGGUCGUCGCCGAUCGUCUCGUUCGCGCCGAUUCGACAGGAGUCGCGUGUAUCGAAGCACCCGUGCGACUUCAAAGCGGCAAGAUACAUUUUAUCGUCGUCGCCCAGUCAAGAAACCAGAUUGGCUCACUGCACCUCUCCUCGCAGCACUUCGGAAUCCAGAACACCGCCGAGGUAUCCCGAAGCGCUCGACUACGCCUGCAACAUCGAGUCACCCGGCAGACGAUCGACCUCCGGUAGCGUCGACUAUCGCAUGCAUCCGUCCACCGACGCCAGUACUACACCGGAGCCCACAGUAGGCUGUUCCUCGUCUCCGAAGAUCAUCGGCAGUCACCAUGACGCCGGUUCGCAAUCACCGAGAAGCAGCUCCCACGGCGAGGGCCGCUCGAGGUGUUCGGAAACGGACGACAUCGAAGAGGACGACGAGAGCAGACUGGUUGACGUAGAGGACCUUCAGCAUCCGUCCAGCCCAACCCCUAUUAGGCCGACACCGGCUUACCUCGGCGGUUUCGCCACCAUCGGCGGUAUCCCGGAGAUCCCGCCUAGUCUUCACCCUGCAGUCUGGGGCGGCGGACAUCAGAAUGCAGCCGCAGCCGCCGCGGCGGCCGCAGCGGCCACGGCCACAUUCUUCCCCCAUUUCUCUCACCAUGCGCCUCUCAACGAGAACGGCGAGCCAGCCAAGAUUAAGUGCAACCUGAGGAAACACAAGCCAAACCGAAAGCCCAGAACGCCCUUCACGACCCAGCAGUUGCUGGCCCUCGAGAAGAAGUUCAGAGAGAGGCAGUACUUGAGCGUCGCCGAGAGGGCAGAAUUUUCGUCAUCGUUGCACCUCACGGAGACACAGGUGAAGAUCUGGUUUCAGAACCGACGCGCCAAGGCAAAGCGCUUGCAAGAGGCGGAAAUCGAGAAGCUGAGAAUGUCGGCGGUGAGGCAGCAUCACACGGCGCUCUACGGCUCGCACCCGGGGAUCUUAACCCCCACGGGACUUUAUCCCGUAGGAAUGCUGUCUCAUCCCGGGUUGACGCCUCAUCACGCGAUCGCUCAGCAUCCCGCGAGGGAAUGAGAGCAGUGACGCUCGAUACCGGUUAGAAACCGCUGAAAGGAUCUGUCAUCGAAUCUCAUAUCCCGAGGAAUGAUUUCGGCUGCGCGAGGAGAGCAGACUUAAAAACUACGCGAUUGCAAUACGCUGAUAAAUGAUCUUAAGAUGGAGAGAGAGAGAGAGAGAGAGAGAGAGAGAGAGAGAGAGA